AUGGCUGAUGCGGGCGAUGUCGCCGAUGAGCGAUUGGAGACACAUGAAAAGCCUGGCUAUGAAGAAGAAGAAAUCGCCGCCAUGAAGCGGCGGGUGGCCGAGAUGGAAUCCGAAGCUGCCAAGCUACGAGAGAUGCAAGCGUCGCUGGACCAGCAGUCCGAGAGUCUGCGCGAGGAUAAAGAGGAUAUCGAUGCGCGGAGCAUUUUUGUCGGAAACGUCGACUACGGCGCCUCACCGGAGGAGAUCCAGGCGCACUUCCAGAGUUGCGGGUCGAUAAAUCGAGUUACUAUCUUGCUCGAUAAGUUCACUGGCCAUCCCAAGGGGUAUGCGUAUGUAGAAUUCACGGAGCCGAGUCUUGUGGCUCAAGCACUUGUUUUGAACGAGAGUGUCUUUCGCGGGAGGAACCUGAAGGCGAGAAAACUACCUCUUUCCCCAUCUCUUUUACUUGCUUAA